ACCACAAUGCUCAAUUAUUUGCGAACACCAGAAUCGAGGACAAGCCAAAUCGUGCCUACAGUAGGCUAUUCAGUCACAAAUUUUGUCACAGAUAACUUCAGCUUUACAGCAUUUGAUAUGGCUGGACAAGGGAAAUACCGUAACUUAUGGGAAACGUACUACGCAAGUGCACAAGCGGUCAUUUUUGUUGUGGACAGUGCGGAUAAACUGCGAAUGGCAGUGGCACGAGAC